AUGGACAACGUGGCAGCACCGGAAUUCGAGGAGCUAAUGCUUUGCGGCUACUGCAAGCAGAAGUUCAACGAGACCGAGCAGAGCCCGAAGCUGCUCAGCUGCAAGCAUUACUUCUGCCUGCAGUGCAUGCGCACAGGGCUGAACAAAGGCGGCGGUCAGGAGUUGUACUGCGUCUACUGCUGGAAGAGGACCGAAUUGGGGGAGAUGGGGCCCGAAUCUUUGCCCACGUACGCCCCUGUGCUGUGCCUGGCCAAAAAUUUCGCCCAGCUGAGGGUCAAGCCGCCCGACAAGCCAGCUAACAAGGUAAUUUCGGAAAAUUGCCACACACAUGCCAUGCCGUUGGCGCUUUGGUGUCACACGUGUUGCUCGCCAGUGUGCCGCGCAUGCGCAAACACCAGCGAUCAUUCCGCCCAUCAAAUCAAAUCUCAGGUCGAAGCGAAAGACCAGCUGGUGGCGGAGCUGCAGAUCGACCUGGCGUCGAUGAACAAGAUGCUCGGCGAGAUUCAGCGGUUGGCGGUGCAGCAGCGCGAGUUCCUGCUCAAAAUUUUGGAGGCGUGCGUCACGCUCAAGACGCACGUCGAAGCCGACCUCACCAACAACGCGUCGCAUUUCGAGGUGACGGAAACCAGAGACGCGCUCGCCAAGCUGCGCCUCAACCUCUCGAUGGCGGAAAAUUUGAGCGACGUUCAUCAGCUCUGCUCCAGCGUCGGCGUCGAGAAGCAGCGCUUGCAGAUGAGGUACCAGGAAAUGUAUUUGCAAUGCCAACUAGACGAUCUAAUACGAAACUCGACGGUAAUUUUCGAUUUUCAGUUGCUCAAGCAGGCAUUGAGCAACAUUCAAAAUGGCGACGCUUCGUUCGCGGGGAACUCCCGGGUGCCCGCGCAGAACCAGCAGAACCCGAUCUUGUUCCUGGCCAACUAUUGCAUGUCGCAGCUGUACUCGCGGCACAUGCUAUCAAAACAGACGAACGUAAACGGCAACAUGGAGUACCACAAUCACAACUCGGCGGGGCAGAACUCGUACAUGGGGGCUUCCCAGCCGCCGUCGGCGCCAUCUCAGCAGCAUUUGGUUUUGGCGCCGCCGAAAACCAUCUACCAAGACAACAGUCUUCUGAUGCAGAGCAUGAUGCACUCUCCGCAGGUGAGGAACCCCGCCAAUAUGUGCCCCAUGUUUUAUUUCAACGUCGAAGUCAACGGGGCGCAGUUGGGACGAGUUGUAAUCGAGGUUAGGGCUGACGUAGCGCCGAAGAUGGCUAAAAAUUUCGGGGUUUUGACCACAGGCGAGGCCGGCAUGGGUUACAAAGGCUGCCAGAUCUUCCAGUGCUGGGAAGGGGAAAGCGUCAUCACAGGCGAUUUUGAGUUGAAUAACGGUAGAGGGGGACGCAGCAUAUUCGAGGAUUCGUACUUUUUGCCCGACGACACUAAACUGAUGGCGGUGAGAGGUACCGUGGGCAUGCGCAGAACGCAGAAACGCCACGACAAUCUCGGUAUGGUCGGCUCGCAAUUCAGAAUCAUUCUGCAGGAGAUGCGGGGUUUCACGGGGAUUUUCGGGCAUGUCGUCGAAGGUUUGGAGCUGGUGGAAAAAAUUAGCACGUACGGGGACACCGCGGGGAAACCCACGAAGAACAUUGUCAUCGCCAAGUGCGGCAAGUUGUAG